AUAAUUGCAUUUUUCCUAUUAAGAUUGCAUCUCUGUGUGUUUGCCUAAAGAGCUGCAGAGUUCUGGGAGGGACGUUGCUGUCUGUGAAGACUUACUGUUAGUGGUGGUUGGUUUGUCCUUCCUACAAGCUCUUGAAAUAGACUGAAAGCAUUUAUUUUCUUGUCACUUCUUACUAAUCAAGCCAAACACAUCUGAGAUUUAGAGUGCUUCAAACACAUAUAGAUAUAUAUAACAAUAAUGUCAUUGUGAUGUCACAGUAAAUGUCUGAGCAUUAGUUUAUUUAACCGUGCAUACUCUGUCACAGUUUGCUGUUCCAAGUGUGCGAUGUGUCAUAUUUAGGCCUGUUUGGGAGCGACGCCUGUCAGCAGAACUGUCGGACUCUUUUAUAGACAAUCUUUGUAGUGAUAAGGAAUUUCCUGGAGCACCAAAGGUUGCACAUAAUGUCAGUGUGAACCUGGUCUUAGGGGUUAGCAUGUGUUCUUAUGCCAGCCUGUAACUACUGUGUAACACUGACAAGAAAAGGCUGCAGCGCGAGGCCGUCGUGAUCCUUAUCAGUGCAGGAGAUAUCUGUCAUUGUAAACAAAGCUACAUUAUUAAUACGUGAGUCUCUUUGAAGAUCUGAUGGAUAAAUAAGGUCAAAGAGAACAAGAACAAGAUCUCUAGAUCUGAAUCUUUAGCAGAGUUAUCAGUGCUGACUGUGACUUGACUGAAUUUAAUAAGAGAAAAUGCAGAAACCGACUGAGUGUACCUUUGUUUUUCUGCAAUAAACAACCUGACAACAUCCCCUACGCCUCGUGUCAAGAAACAAAAUAAUCCAUUUGUAGCUGAAGUGUAACCGUUAUUUAUCAUCUUAUCAUUUUCUUUCAGAGUUCAAACGGGUUCAGGAGAAAACGCAAUCCUGGCAGGCGCUGCGUACUUGCUCGGUUGGGCGCAGCCCUUCACGUCUCAAAACUAAAAACAGUAUUUCACAUAUUUGUUCUGUUUUUGCCAAGUUUGGCACCGAGGCUGUUUUUUUUCUCUCCACAGCAUCUUCUUCAUUUUUUACACCAAAGCUGACGUUACAUCAAAGACGUUACACCAGCACAAAGGAUUUAUGUGUCUUACUCUAAAAGCAAAAAGGCUGUGAGCAAACUGUUAUUACCCGACUUAAUUCACAUGUGCUGGUACUGCUAAAAGGUGAAAAUGAGCCGAGGAAAAUAGCAUAACUUAUCAGCAAAUUACAUAAAAUAAGAUCUGCGGAGAGAGAGUGUGCCUGUGCGGUCCGGUUGAUGGCCUGAACUAAGUCAGCUGAAGAUGUGAGGAUAUGUAUUUCUAACAGCAAGAGUAAUGAUCUCUGUUCCCACGUGGAGCAGCUGCUGGUGGUUGAUUAUGGACCUACUCCCUCAACUUAUCUCCAGUAUGCACAGCAGAACCAGUAGCAGUGUGUGUGUGUGUGUGUGUGUGUGUGUGUGUGUGUGUGUGUGUGUGUGUGUGUGUGUGUGUGUGUGUGCAGAUGGGUAACUCCAGCAGUGCUGUGGCUGCAGGGUGAGCUGGCAGAGCUCUUUUAGAGACCUGGACCUGCAGGGAGGAGUCAUUCAGCAUUACACAAUAGGCCUGUGGUCGGUGAUGGAGGCGACAGAGAGAGGGAGAAGGAAAGAAACCCGGGCAACAAGAGGGAGAGUAGCGACGCUGAGAGGUAGAGAUGUGAGACACUCAUUAGGAACACGCCCAGCUCCAGUAAAAACGUCAUUAAUAUUAGUGGAAAUUAAAUUUGAAUUAGACUUUAGAUUACAUUUCCCUUUCUCAGAUUAGAUUGUUCUUCCCCAAAAAUAACACAGCAGAGUCACACUGGAUCUCUAACGAAUGUUCACAUUUAGAUUUUCUAUAAAGUGACGACGCACUUUAAUUUACAUAAUUAAACACGCACCCACACAAAUAACACUGUUCUUACUUUUAAUCCAAAAAAUUCAUAUUUCACAUAUGAAUUUCAUAUAUUCGUAUAUUUUUUCAGUCAAAUGUGGUGAACCUAUCAGGAUGCAGCUUCGCUACCUGCCCAGAGUUAUUGCAUGUAAAUACCUGCAGCAUCAUUAUGUAAAACCACAGCUUUUGCCUCAAAAUAGGGGCAUUUUAUCCUUUUCCUUUUUUUCUCCCGUUUAUCAGACUACAAUAUCACAUGUCCAAAACUACAGUUAUGCUUUAAUCUGAUUACUGUCCCUUAUCCCGCUGGCUGGCCUCAGCAGCUGUGGGACUGCGAUGCCUGUAUCUUAUAUAACACCCCCCUCCUCGCUUUUCUCUCUCAGCUCCUCUGAACGUUUAUGCUGAUGAUGUGUCAAAACACUCCCGCCUGCCUCCCCAUCUCCUCCCGCUGCUGUCAAGAGUAACAUCGCUGCCCUUUCUCCUUUGCAAAGACACAAAACUCAGUUUGAAAGCUUUAAAAAUUCAGCUGUGUUUGGGUUCGCCCGCCUCAUAAAUUGACUAAGAGCCUGCAAGGGCUGAGCGGUCGUGCAGUCAGCAGUGGGGCAAUUAGGGAAGCACAUUUUGGAGCACAAAGUUUCCUUGUAAGAAAUUAAGAUGGAGGAAUUAUUUAUGGCUGCACAACCACCGAGCUUCUCAAGUGUCAAAUAUUCCUAUUAAUUGUCUUACAUCUGGUUAGUUCCCACUGUCAUUCUUUCUUUUCUCCACAUCCUUUUUAAUUGGUCUGAGCUCGUAACAUUUGCCACAUGUCAUCCUGAUUUUCUCUUUCAGGGCUACGUUAUUUGACUACAUCACAAACUGCACUUCUCUGACCUGCUACGUUAGCUUAAUUUUUCAUCUGUAGCUUCAUGGUGGCAGCUCCCAUCUUUGGUUACCUGGGCGACCGCUUCAACAGAAAGGUCAUCCUGAGCUGUGGCAUUUUCUUCUGGUCCAUUGUUACCCUGUUAAGCUCCUUCAUCAGUAAAGAGUACUUCUGGCUGUUUGUGCUCUCCAGAGGACUGGUGGGCAUCGGAGAAUCCAGCUACUCCUCCAUCUCUCCCACCAUCAUAGGAGACCUCUUUACUAGUAACACCCGCACCAUGAUGCUCUCUGUCUUCUACCUGGCCAUCCCCCUGGGAAGUGGGCUGGGCUACAUCCUGGGCUCCAGCGCCAAGGAGGCUGCAGGAGACUGGCACUGGGCACUGAGGGUGUCCCCGAUUUUAGGCAUCACUGCAGGCGUUCUCAUCCUGCUCUUUGUCCCUGACCCAAAGAGAGGGAGCGCCGAUCAGCUGGGAGGUCGCAUCAGGAGCCGCACCUCCUGGUUGUGUGACAUGAAAGCGCUCGCCAAGAAUCGGAGCUAUGUGUUCUCCUCCUUGGCUUCGGCAGCGGUCUCCUUUGCCACGGGUGCGUUUGGUAUAUGGAUUCCUGGCUACCUGUUUAGAGCCCGGGUGGUGCAGAAGACGGCAGAGGCUUGCACAAAAGAGAUUUGCAGUAGCACAGACAGCAUGGUGUUUGGGGCCAUCACAUGUGUGACGGGGCUGUUAGGCGUGGUCAUCGGGGCUCUCACCACACGCCUGUGUCGCCAGAAGACAGAACGAGCCGACCCUCUCGUGUGCGCCGUCAGCAUGCUGGGCUCGGCCAUCUUCAUCUGCCUCAUCUUCGUGGUGGCCAAGAAGAGCAUCAUUGGAGCUUACGUUUGCAUCUUUAUUGGAGAGACGCUGCUUUUCCUCAACUGGGCCAUAACAGCGGACAUCUUAAUGUUUGUUGUUAUACCCACGCGGAGAGCAACAGCUGUCGCGUUUCAGAGCUUCACCUCUCAUCUCCUGGGUGAUGCAGGAAGUCCAUACCUGAUAGGCCUGAUCUCCGACGCCCUUCAGCAGAAGUACACUACAUCAGCACUGUGGCGGUUCCUGAGUUUGGGCUAUGCCCUCAUGCUUUGUCCCUUCAUCAUCGUCCUGGGGGGCAUGUUUUUCCUGGCCACCGCGCUCUAUUUCCUGGAUGACAAAGAUAAAGCCGAGGCCCAGUGUAACCAGGCAACACAGCCCCCGUCUUCAGUCAAGGUGACGAGCAAAUGAGGAGCUACCUGAAUGCACAACCAAACCUGACAAAGGAUGACUACACGGCGAUAAAAAGAAAGGCUUCUUUAUGCUCCCAGUCAUCCUCCCCCAAGAUCAUCAUCCUCCUCCUCCUCCUCUUGGCUCCUGCUGCUCUCUGUUUUUUUACAGUCUCGCUGAGGUGACUCGGAGCUGGAAAGAGGGAGCGUCUUGCCCCUCCUUCUAAACCACAGCCCGGUGAGAAGGUGCUCAACCCACCCUCCACUUAGAUCGUGUCCUCCUCGCCUCUGUCUGUGAGGUUCCACUGAACUUUUGAAGGAUAAGGUGCAGGCCAAGUCCGCCGUAAGCCCUCCUGAUGCUACACUACUGAAUGCUGACCAUGAACCUGCCCUGUCUGUCUGCCUGUCUGUCUCUUAUCGGCUGUCGAUCUGCAACAAGUGCCAUAGCAUCAUUACAUUCCUUCAGAUUUGCACUGACCGCCAACAGCCCUCGUGAAUUCAUCACUAGCUAUGUUUACAUGCAUUCGACUAAGCCACGCAUGCUCUGCUGAAGCUAAAGCAGCCUCAUCGGUUUCUCUGUGGCGCCCUCGCACGCUGGCUUUCUGUGCUUGAAGCCUGUAAACGGACGAGAUGCCAGGAGCCAGUGAUGCAACCGCAGGAAAACGCAGCAGCGGUGCAGGCGUUGUUUAUCUCUUCAAACAAGCGACCGAUGUCGCAUUACUCAUCACAGUCUCACCGCAGUAACAGCAGAAACGUCAAAUUCAGUGUUUACACCAUAAAUCCAGUAUUUUCACAGUGAAGGUUUUGCCGUGCAUGUAAACAAGCUAGAGCCAAAAAUGUGUUGCUUUGGGAAAGGUCAGUGAACAAGCCUUAAAGUCGGAGCUUUCACACCUGCAGAUGUUUCUUUGAGCCCCGUGUGCGUUUCCACUUUGAGCUUUCAGCACUUGGAUGAGAACACGUUAUGUUCGGAUUGUUUGUCUGUCGUUUUCUGUUUAUGUCGGGUUUGAAACUGGAGGUUACUGCCUAUGAUUGUUUCCUAACCGUGAUGAUGCAGUCUGGGCAAUUUAAAGUGGACACUGGAUAUGUAUAGUUUAUAUAAUUUAUAUUUAUAAUUUAUUCUAUUCAUGCUUUUUCCAAAAGUAAAUGUCAUGCUAGUCUUUUGACUGUGUUUUUAUGUACACGAGAAGCAAUACGAAAAACAUUUAGAAGAAACCAACCUUUUUGUUUCACACUGCCUUAUCAGUGAGCUCGGUUUCCCUUUAAAGAGGUUGCUCUCUGAUGGUUGGUUUUGAAUUUCUGGACACACCACCCACCCACACAGGGACCGAGUCGCUCUUAAUGGUGGAUCGCAGUCCAAUCAUCAGCGGUUACAAUAACAGGCAUUGUGAAAAGAGGCCCUUCCCCUCCAAUUGCAGAUAUCCCAUUGCAUGAUUAGAAGAAAGGAUCUUUGGAAAGAGCUGGAGAUGCAGUCAUCAGUUUAUUAGCGAGGGGAAUCAAAAUCCCAGGCAGGAACAGGAAACGCGAGCUCUUAUCGUUGGAAACUGAUGAAUGAGGAAUCCCCCUAAAGAGCUGAAAGAGCUUUAUUUCUGCCUGUCGUUUCCAUGGGUACACAUCUCUCGCGAAGAAAACAAAACAAAAAUUGUCAGUGAGGAAAGCUGUAGCAUGUAGCUUGUACAUAAUUAAUACAAGCUAUCGUGAAGGGUGAAAGUGAUUAUUGUGAAACCUCAGAGCCACUAAUGGAAUCACAGGUUUUAAGGGGAAAAAAAGAUGCACUUUGCAGACCUGGAAGGAACCACAGAAGGCAGAGGAUGCACUGACCUCAGCUGAGGACCAAAAGGAGGCUCCGAGGUUGUUCUUGUAGCAUUGAUGUGUGAGCAUGACUCACUGGCUGUGUGGGGGGUGCUGUGUGGGCUGUGUCCUUGCUGCCAGAUCAUUAGCUUUAGCUUCUUCCUCCAACUGCGUGGAGCUCUCUGAAUGUGAUUCUGUCCCACCCGAUGUGUUUACACCACCUUCAUCUUCUUAACGAACUAAGCUUCUUACCUUCCAUUUAUUGAUCUUGUUUUCCUUUGUAAUGUUAUCAGAGGACUUUUUGAAUACCUACAGUAGAGAUAUAUAUAUAAAGCUAUAUCAUGCAGCGAUUUUAAUAUAUUGUAAAUGAUGGCUUGGAUGCAAUGUAUUUAUUUGUUUGUUACAUAUUGAAGAAUAUUCUAUAAAGGGAAAUUUAAGGCUUCAGUAUAAUAGACUUAGCCAUGUGUCACUGGGUUGGAAACCUUUUUCCUGUCAUACUGAAACAACACACGCCCCUUUUGCAUUAGCUGGAUUACGAUUGGACAUCUCCCACAUGUAGACACAGAAAUAAAUGCAAUGGGUUGUUUUUAAGACACAUUAGUCUCAUUGUAAGGAUGCAAUUUAUAUUAAGCUCAUUUAUGUGUUUUUAUUUUUUGUUGGUAUAUUUUUAGAUUCAAAACCAUUUUUGCACAUUUAAUGAUCAGGGAUUUCUUUGAGCCACAGCCUCGCACCAUCGACGUCCCGGCCUCUCGGCGCUGGCAUGUCGUCAUCUGUCAUCAGUGGGAACUUUCGCUCUGAUCAGACGAGCCAUGAACCGAGUUUCACGUUGCCAAAAUUCAAUUGAUUUAGCACCAGUCCGUCCUUUUAUCUGUCAUAAAUGUAUGUUAACAAUCACUGAAGUGAUGUCUCAAGGAAAUGCUUCUUGUCAUACAAGAGUCUUGUAUAAAUAAACUCAUGUUGAGCAGAAGAGAAAAAAAACAAAAAACAGAAGUUAUUUUUAUUUUUAGAGGACGUCAGUACACGUGAGGUGUCCGAGAAGUCAAAGGGUAUUCUUUUAGAACUGGAAUGUGAUGCUCCCGUGGGUGGAUUGAUGGAAACAUGUACAGGUCUGUAAAUCAAAUAAACCUAUUCA